AUAAAAUGUGAAUUUGAAGAAUUAAUGAUGUGAGGUUAUUCGGGGAGUCUUCCAAACCCACAAACAGUCACACGCUCUUCAGAGGGGACGCUGAUAUCGAUGAUGGCCGAUCAUGACCUGGUUCUGAAAUGUUGGGGCACAAUGGAAGCCGACUACACCGGCAACGGAGGAGAAGUUCUGAACCGUUUGUUUAACGAGCACCCGGAAACUCUAAAACUGUUCCCAAAGUUUGUGGACAUCGCUCAGGGUGAUUUGGCGGGACAUCCAGCGGUAGCAGCCCAUGGCGCGACGGUGCUGAAGAAGCUAGGCGAGUUGCUAAAGGCCAGAGGUGAUCACGCCGAGCUCCUCAAACCACUGGCCAACACCCACGCCAACACACACAAGAUCGCCCUCAACAACUUCAGGCUGAUCACUGAAGUCAUUGUGAAGUUGAUGGCGGAGAAGGCGGGUCUUGGUGCUGCCGGUCAGGCCGCUCUGAGAAGCGUGAUGGAUGUCGUCAUCUGCGAUAUCGACGGAUACUACAAAGAAAUCGGAUUUGCUGGAUAAAUGACACCAAACCCCGACAAUCACAAAAUCAGCAAUAUGUAGUUCAUGACACAAUGGGAGUAUAUCAUAGGAAAAUUGCUUGUCGUGUUAUCGCCAUUCGCACAUAGAAAUUUCUGUGCUUAUAAAUGCAAGCUAAUAACAUUAAACAAUAAAAAUGCCUGCAUAAAUUGUCCACAAAAAACAAAUAAUCAUGUAUCAUGUAUGAAACCGAAAUAAGGUUGUAUCUACCUUUUUUUAAAUGUGCCUGUUUAUGGUUUUGAAUCAAGUCAGGUUUGGAAUGUCAUCUGAUGUUUGUUUAAACAGUAAGUGAGCCUGGUGAUGUCAUAAUGGUGACUGUGUGUUAGGGUCUCAGGAGGACUUCAUUUAAAUUGCACUAAUGGUGAUUAUCCAUUGAAAUUCCCUUUAAUUUUCUUUUAAAUGAACCAAUGUUCUUAAUGACUGCUAAUCGUAAUUCAUGUUUCGAUGCGCCUUUGAACAUGCUUCUCUACUGAAAAUUCUGUGCUUGUUUAUUUCACUGUUACUAGCAUGCAUUUCAUAAUAUUCAAGUGAAUGACUUUUGUGAAGCAACACUUUUAAUAAACAUUGCAUAUACC